CAUUGAUUUGGGGCUAAUGACUUUCUUACAAUCAUCAUCUGCUACUCUUAUUCUCUUCUCUUCCGGACGACGGUUUUCUCGAAGCUACGUCUAAAGUCUGCGGCGGAGCGCUCAAACGCAGAUCCGUUGUGUUCCUCGUCUCCCGGUAAUGGCGACGCCGCUAGUUGUCGCCUCCGCGGCGGCACCAGCCCCAGGUCCGGAAUCAGAGGAAGAGAUUCCAGAUUCCUUCAAUUGUUGCAUUUGCUUGGAUCUUCUGUACAAGCCGGUUGUACUUGCUUGUGGUCACAUGGCCUGUUUCUGGUGUGUUCAUCUUUCGAUGAGCUUCCGCAGCGAGUCCCAUUGUCCAAUUUGUAGGAACUCUUACCAUCACUUCCCUGCCAUCUGUCUGACUCUCCAUUUCUUGCUGAUGAAGUUGUACCCCAUUGCCUACAUGAGAAGGCAAGGGCAGAUUCUUGAGGAAGAAAAGGAACGAAGAUGCUUCUCCCCUCAGUUGGAUAGCAAUUUGGCCAUACUAAUGAAUGCUGAUAAAUGCUGUGACGGAACAAAGGGUCUUACAUAUCGCUCAACCUCUAUUGGCGAUUCUAGUGCUGGCUCGAAUGAGGAGUCACUUACAAGUAGUACCACACAACUGGGACCCUCUUCCGUGACUGUUGUUACUUCUCUUGGAGAGAGGAAUCCUGAUGAGAGUUGCGGAGGAAACCAUAGUGAAGCAAUCGAAGAACAUGGUUUGCACCAGAAUAAGCCUAUGGGGAACGGGAAGCCCAUUUCAACUGAGGACGUACAAUGUUUGGCUUGCAAACAGCUGCUCGUCCUUCCAGUGGUUCUUAAUUGUGGUCAUGCAUUCUGUGGAAGUUGCAUCAUCCAACUAGUAGAUGAGGCAGUCAAAUGUCAGGAAUGUGGAAGUCUGCAACCUAGAGGCGCUUUGAAAGUUUGUCUAGAGUUUGAUAAUUUCAUAGCAGAACAAUUUCCCGAGGAGUACCAAUCCAGAAGAGAAGCUGCUCAACAUGCUCAUGCCAAGCUUCAGAAUGCAACCGCUGCUCAUGUUUCAGGUUCCAUGGAAAGCAGUAAAAAGGACUUGCCUCCAUUACAAGAGCGUUUACUUUCUUGGGCUGACCCCCAAAUGAAGGUUCACAGAGGAAUUGGCUGUGAUGCUUGUGGGAUGUGUCCAAUUAUCGGGGAGAGACACAGGUGCGUCGACUGCGUGGAGGCUAUAGGGUUUGACCUGUGCGGAGAGUGCUACAACUCUAGGUCCAAGCUUCCGGGGCGGUUUAAUCAGCAACACACUCCAGAACACAGGUUUGAGCUUGUGGGCCCGCUCCCCAGGAGCAUUAUGAUGAUGAUGGAGGCACAUGUGUUCCGACAGUUGGGUGGUGUAGCAACUAAUGCCACCAAUGAUUUUGAUUGGGAGAGUGAAUCUGGCAGUGUCCCUCUUGCAUCUCUUUCCGAUGAUCCUCAGGAAAGCACUGGCAUAAGCAGUUUGGCGGAGGAUCCUCAGGAGAGCACACCCAGUAGCAGUUUGCCAGACGAUCCUCAGGAGAGCACACACAGAAGCAGUUUGCCAGACGAUCCUUGGUAGAGCAGUGAUAGAAGCGGUUUGGCAGACGAGGAGGAUCUUGGUGAAAAUGAGAGCCAGUACACUGGUUUAGUUGUCCGUCUUCACUUUUCGUGAAUCAAUGUAGAUUCUGUCAAGAAGGGUUGUACUGCCUAACAGAAGUUGACGAACGAACGUGUGGAAGAGGGAAAACAUUGGCUUUCAGUCUCUGAUUUAGUGUGAUGUGGGCUAAUGCAGAGGAGCAUAGUCAUGGAGCAUGGAAGGGGAGUUGGCCCCGUCACUUGAGAGAAUCUUAUUUUCCUUUUCGGUUAUAUGGACUAUAUAUACAGGAGCACUUGGAGUGAGUUGGAAUUGCUAGAAAAAUUGUAAUUCGAAAACGAGUGGGAGAUGUACGAGCUAGUAUUGUAUGGUAUUGUAUUGUAUCUAUCUACCAGACAAACUUUAGUAAUAUACAGCAAUGAUUGUAUGGUAUGGCGUUGUGUUUGUGAAACCAAGCUGAAUUUAAUCAGGAUUCAGGAAUCAUUUGGCAGUUGA